UCCUAAAUGAAGAGGGAAAUGUUGCCGCGCUCAUUUUAUUAAUCAGACUGUCAAUUUCACCCCAGAGGCCAACCCCAGGAGCCAUCUAAAACAGAGUCCGAUCAGAAGCUGCUCUCCUCACUUCUCCUCUCUCUCUCCACCUGGAUAUACGCGUCUGGCCGAUCAAGGGCCGACUCUAUCAACCGAUGACAGUCUCUCUCCUAUUUAUUUGCUUAUAAACCUGUUACAAUAAAUGAUCAUUCGAACCGCGUCACGCGCACCUUUAACGACGAAGGCGCAAACCACUUUUUGAUGAACGACUUUCUGGACCAGAGAGGAUGCGCGGGUCAUUUUGAGCAGUCAUUCGUUGCCCGCACUGGCAUUCCUCUGUUUUUUGCUUCCAGCUCAUAAAGGUGUUAUAUUAUUUAGAGGCGGCAGCUGAGCUGAAUGCGGAUUAGAUCCGCCACUAGUCAUCGGAGCACCAGCCCUGGGACUUUGGAUUUCUUUUUUUUUUUUUUUUUUUUUUAUCUGCACGACUUCAUGAUGGAGAGGAUAAGAAAAGAGAUGAUUCUGAUGGAAAGGGGACUACACAGUCCAGUGGCGGGAAAGAGGCUCUCCAACCUCACCGACUCUGCCGGGAACGCGGUGCUUGAGGCCCUGGAAAACUCUCCGCACGCCGGUCGCCUCAGCCCGAGAAUACACGGCGGGCUCGGGGAUAUUCCCACCAAAGGCAAGUUCGAGAUAGACAGCUUGUUUGGAAACCACCACAACGACAAUACCUCCUCCACUGAAGUGUCGUCCUCCGAAAGCAGGAAGAAAAUAAACCUGUAUCCUGAAGUUUCUCCUGACUCCGAUAUGAACAGUGAUGUGGAAGUGGGAUGCCCGUCUCAUCGCUCGCCGGGCAGCAUCAGCCAACACAAGGAAAACCACAGCAAAGGUUUUUCGGACAGUAAUUCAGGGGCCUCCAAUUCAAGUUCGUCUCUCUCGAAUCUGAACGGUAAUUCUAUGGGAAACUCCAGCUCGAGCUCGGACCAAGUGAGGAGGUAUCGGACUGCGUUUACCCGGGAACAGAUUGGCAGAUUGGAGAAAGAAUUUUACAGGGAAAACUACGUGUCAAGACCCAGAAGAUGUGAACUGGCCGCAGCAUUAAAUCUACCCGAAACAACAAUAAAGGUGUGGUUUCAGAAUCGACGAAUGAAGGACAAGCGGCAGCGGCUCGCCAUGUCCUGGCCACAUCCCGCGGAUCCCAGUUUCUACACCUAUAUGAUGACGCACGCGGCCGCCACCGGAAGUCUGCCUUACCCUUUCCAUUCCCACAUGCCACUACACUAUUACCCCCACGUCGGUGUCACGGCAGCAGCUGCUGCGGCGGCCGCGUCAGGGGCCGCGUCUUCACCUUUCGCUACCUCUAUUCGGCCCCUCGAUACUUUCCGUGCGCUUUCUCACCCAUACUCGCGCCCGGAGCUGCUGUGUAGCUUCCGUCACCCAGGACUGUACCAGUCUCCCGCGGGCCUGAACAGCUCCGCGGCGGCGUCAGCGGCAGCAGCGGCGGCGGCGGCUGCGGCUGCGGCGGUCGGUGCGCCUUCAGCGGCGGGUCCGUGCUCGUGUCUCAGCUGCCACAGCAGUCAGGCUGCCAGUGCCCUCGGCUCCAGGAGCUCCAGCUCUGACUUCACCUGCACUGCGAGCGGACAGAGGUCCGAGAGCGGAUUCCUGCCAUACUCGGCCGCGGUUCUCAGCAAAACCGCGGUGCCCUCACCGGACCAGAGAGAGGAGAGCGCGCUCAAUAGAUAGCUUAGUACUGGCAUAGUACACUCUUUUAUUUGAAGGACAUGUAAUUAUUUUUAUUCUUAUUGAUAUUAUUUUUUAAAUUUACACUCUUAAAACUGCUGGGUUGUUUCAACCCAACUUUGGGUCAAAUAUGGACGUUCUAACCCAAAGUUUAUCCAUGUUUAAUUCAAAAUUGGGUUAAAACAACCCAGCGUUUUUAGAGUGCAUAGUGACAGCAUUUCCAUUCCGAUAAGGCCUAUAAACGCUCUGAUGAAUUAUAAAGAUGUAUUUAAAAUAAGGCCUUUAGAACACACUGUAUUACAACAUUGAAUAAUAAGCAGAUUUACACUUUACUUUUAAUUUUUCGUUUUCAAUUAUUAUUAUUAAAUGCACACUCUUAAAAAUAAAGGUUCCAAAAUGAGUGUUUUAGCAUAAACAUAUUCGGUUCCCCAAGGAACCCUGGAGUCAACAGUUCUUAAAAAAACAACAACAACAACAAAAACUUUUUUCCCCUUAGUGUGAAGAAAAAUCGUUCUAAAAAUCUGAAUAUAAAUGACCUUUCGUGGAAUGGAAAGAUUCCAUGGAUUCCAAUAAAUAACCUUUUUUUUAAGAGUGUACGCAAAUGUUAUUUUGUUUUAGAUCGUGCAGUAAAGAGAAUAUAUACACUGGUUGUGCCACUUUAGCAUCGGUUAAGGGACCAGGCGCGAGAUAAUGAUGCUACUCUAAAAGUGUUGCUGCUCGAGGGACUCUCCCUGAUAGGAGUGUGUCGCAUAAAAUCUGCACUACUGCUACAAUGUCAAUUCUGCUGUUAAUAAUGUGAAGAUUAUGACGAAAAUUGCCAAUCAUGUACCUUGAUGGACCUCCUUUGAAUGUGGAAAUGUAAGAAAGUUCCCGUUCUGAGACUCGCUGUCAGAGCAUAACAACCCGCUGUGGGAAGUCAUUAGACAAGAUAGAUAAAAGACCUUGAGCAUUACGCAUUGUUCUCGGUGUGUAGAUUGUACAGUAUUAAACGUGGUAUUCGUUACCUGAGAUUUUUUUUAUUCAAAAAAGAAAAAAAGAAGAAAAAAAAGAAAAA